CAGUGGGUGGCGCUACUAAACCAAAAUACAUACUGAAUGAAAUUGUCUUCCAAAACACAGGUUUGGACAUUUUUUACUAAAGCCCAGGAUUUAAUAUCACACAGGCAACAAGCUGUGUGUUCUGACACCUUCUAUCAGCGCAAACAUGAACUUCAUCAGCAGUUUGUACUACAGUAAAAUCUUCUGUUAGAUCACACACAGGAUGUGGCCUUCACUCCUCACACCUCAAGUGAGCCCUGAGAAUUCAUGACCCUGCCGCAGGUUUCUCCUCCUCCCAACACAUCACCUUUAGCAUCACCUUCACAUCCCACCAUUUUACACCUGCCAUUGUUAUGACGCCUCCACGAUGUGGGUUUAAUGUUAGAGGCACAGUGAAGUUCUUCCUUUCUUUGCUUGUUAGAAAGCAGGGUUCAGAGAACAGGGUCAGCCAUGAUACAGCGCUCCUGGAGCAUGGAGGGAUGAGGGCCUUGCUCAAGGGACCUUCUAGUGAGUAGCCCAGAGCUUAAACCAUGAAGCUCCUACUUGUGGUGAUCAGUGUGUAUUCUCAUGUCCAGCCUCAGGAGAUCCCUACAUAAGUCGCUCAAAAAAAACUGGGUGGAGUGUGUGUGGAGGAGUGUUUGGUGGAGUGUGUGUGGAGGAGUGUGUAGGACGCGGCGUUUCCCACUGACACACUCUCUCUGGUUUCUUUUAUUUCAACGAUGGAGUUUGAAGCGAAGGUUUUGCCGCAGAUUGGAGGAUUCGGCCGCUAUAACCGACUGGUUGCGCUCUUCAGCUGGUUUCCGCACUUCGCCGUGGCUCUGAGUCUUUUCUCCGAUGUUUUCUUCACGCUCGUCCCGGAGUCGUACCACUGCCGAGCGGAUCCGGAGCUUCUGCCCUCCGCCUUCCUCCUCAGAAACUUCUCCCGACAACUUUACCUCAACUUCACCGUCCCGUGGAUUAACGGCUCCGGACCGAGUCACUGUGAUCUCUACAAGUACCCGAGGAACUGGACCAACUUCACGGUGAGGGAGUCCAGGGAGCUGGUGCCGUGUACCAGGGGCUGGUGGUACGGAAACGCCGCAGGGCUUCAGAGCAACUUCGUCACUGAGUGGAACCUGGUUUGCAAGGACUACUGGAGGAUUCCACUGCAGCACGUCUGCUUCAUGACCGGCUGGAUCCUGGGAUACGUCCUGCUCGGGACUCUGUGUGACUGGUUCGGACGACGCCAGACUCUUCUGAUCUCUGUGUCCUUCUCAGGCCUUUUUGGAGUCUCUGUGUGUUUCUCCAACAGCUCCGUGGUGUUCCAGCUUCUCCGCCUGGGCCAAGGCGCCGCACUCGCUGGUGUCUUCCUCUCCUCCUACAUCAGCCGUCUGGAGGUGUGUGAUCCUCCUCACAGGCUCAUGGUGUCCAUGGUGAGCGGUUUCUUCUCCGUGAUUGCUGAGCUCAUGCUCCCGGGCCUGGCUGUGCUGUGCAGUGAGUGGUCUGUGCUUCAGGCUGUGGCUACAGUUCCUCUACUGCUGUUGCUGUCUUACUGGUGCUGGCCCUCUGUGUUUCCCGAGUCUCCACGCUGGCUUCUGGCCACAUCUCAGAUUCCUCAGGCCAAGAGAUGCCUACAGCUGUUCUCCACCCGGAACGGAGUGUGUAUGAGGGAUGAGAUCUACCCAGCCGAGACUCUUCUGACGGAGAUAGACGUGGCGUUCCCAGAAGACCCCCAACCAAAGUACCACCACAUCUUCGAACUCUGGCACACCAGAGUUAUCUGGAGGAACUGUCUCAUCCUGACAUUCACCCUUUUCCUAAGCACAGGGAUACAGUACUGUUUCACUCGGAACCUCCACAGCUAUUCUACUCACUUCUACUUCGUCUAUUUCCUGCGAGCUCUGACAGGAGCCGUGGCCUGCGGUCUCCUGUGCGUGUCUGCUGACCGGCUGGGCCGGAGAGGAAUUUUGCUGCUAGCUGCAAUCAUCACAGGCCUAUCAUCACUGCUUCUGCUGGCCCUCACGCAAUUCCUGCAUGGAGGACUGGUGCUGGUGCUGUCGUUCGUGGGACUUCUCUCCUCUCAGGCUCUGGCGAUGCUCAGUGUUUUCUUCGCCAGUGAAGUCAUGCCGACUGUUGUGCGGGGCGGCACUCUGGGUCUGGUGAUGGCUGCUGGCAGCGUGGGCACCGCCGCCUCAUCCCUGAUGGAGCUGCAGAACAACGGGGGCUACUUCCUGCACCACGUGGUGUUCGCCUCGUUCGCCGUGCUCUCUGUGCUCUGCAUCAUGCUCCUUCCUGAGAGCAAGCGCAAAGCCCUGGCCGACUCCCUGAGAGACGGAGAGAGUCUGCGCCGACCUCCUCUCUUCCUCUCCAGGAGAGAGAGGGAUGAUCUCCCACUGCUCCGCUGCCACCAUCCAACUUCUCAGUACGACCCGGAGAACUACUCACGCCUGCUCAGCACCACCAGGAAGAUGCUCUCGCAGGACACCGUGCCGUACAGGAUCACGGUGGAGUCUCAGCCGCCGCUGCUGCAGAGUAACGGAACUUCUCAGGAAGAUCACAAUGUCUCCUCAUAGCAGACGGAUACAGUCUUCACACUGGUGACUGUUGGGUUUUAAAGUGCAACAAAUUAAUCUAGAGUUUUGCUUUUUCCAACUGCAGGAGGUGGAGCUACUCAUGGCCAGGAUAGACUUGGUGUGUGAAGCUACAUAUAAAUAUAUUGUUACUAUUAAAUAAAUUAUUUUAUGAUA